AUUUUGCCUUUUCCUAUAAUAUAAUCUUACAAACCAAACCACAAUGAGAGCGAACCUUUUCAAGUGAUCUAUUCCAGAGUGUCGCAAACCGAGCGCCUCCCUCUCUAACGCCGUUGUCCUCCUUCUUAGCCAAUCCCCACCGCCGCCGACCAGGCCAAAACGAUGUUUCGUCAGGCGAGCCGUCUUCUGUCCCGAUCGAUCGCUCAACCUCAGCACACCAAGACGAAGGUCGCCGCUCGCGCCUUCUCCACCGAUGUCCCGGCCACGCCGACGGAGGAUUCGCCUUUCUCCCAAUCCUGGAAGAAGGUGAUCCCGACUAUUGAGCCGCCCAAGACUCCUUCCUCGUACAUGAAGCCUCGCCCGGCCACAGCCUCCACCAUUCCGACUAAGCUGACCGUUAAUUUCGUCCUUCCCUACGCUUCCCAGCUCGCGGAGAAAGAGGUUGACAUGAUCAUCGUUCCCGCAACGACAGGCCAAAUGGGUGUCUUGCCUGGCCAUGUCCCUACCAUUGCGGAGCUAAAACCCGGGGUUAUGUCAGUGCACGAAGGCAAUGAUGUCUCGAAGUACUUUGUCAGCAGCGGGUUCGCUUUCAUUCACGCAAACUCAGUUGCCGACGUGAUUGCAGUUGAGGCUGUACCGGUCGAUCAUCUUGACUCGAACUUGGUCCAAAAGGGGUUAGCAGAUUUCACUCAGAAGCUUGGCUCGGCAUCAACUGACCUGGAGAAAGCUGAGGCUCAGAUUGGAGUUGAUGUCUACAGUGCGAUGAACUCGGCUCUAACGGGUUAAUUGGGUUUCCAUCCCAGUCACUCCUUCAGCGUGCUCUGUUGUUUCUCUUACUUUUCCCCCCAUUAUGGUAUCAACAUUGCCUUACUGUUUGAUGUCUCUUCUUUAGUGGCGAGAACCAAAAUCAUGUUUUGAGAUGGUUUCCAGAGUCUAAAUAAAAGGAGCAUAAUAGACCACCUUUUAGCUGCUGGAAAAUUGGAAUGCGGCAUCUCAAUUUUUUUUUUUACCUGGCACUUGGCUUACUGAGUUAUUUCUGUAAUCACUCUCUUUUCUACUUUUUUAGUUUUCUUAUCCUCAAUUCAUUCCCAGUUGCUAUUUUCUUUGUUCAUCAUACUG